CGGGCAAGGACAGCUCCAGGAGGCAGCCCCAAGCGCGGCCACAAAGAUCCYCGGCGACUCUCCUCGGACCGGUUCCCCUUGCAGUCCAUCAUGUCCUUCGGCAGAGACAUGGAGCUGGAGCACUUCGAUGAGAGGGACAAGGCRCAGAGAUACAGCCGAGGGUCGCGGGUGAACGGCCUGCCGAGCCCCACGCACAGCGCCCACUGCAGCUUCUACCGCACCCGCACGCUGCAGACCCUCAGCUCCGAGAAGAAGGCCAAGAAAGUUCGUUUCUAUCGAAAUGGAGAUCGAUAUUUCAAAGGGAUUGUGUACGCCAUCUCCCCAGACCGCUUCCGAUCUUUUGAGGCCCUCCUGGCUGAUUUGACCCGAACUCUGUCGGAUAACGUGAAUUUGCCCCAGGGAGUGAGAACAAUCUACACCAUUGAUGGGCUCAAGAAGAUUUCCAGCCUGGACCAACUAGUGGAAGGAGAGAGUUAUGUGUGCGGCUCAAUAGAGCCCUUCAAGAAACUGGAGUAUACCAAGAAUGUGAACCCCAACUGGUCAGUGAAUGUCAAGACCACCUCAGCUUCCCGGGCAGUGUCUUCACUGGCCACUGCCAAAGGCAGCCCUUCGGAGGUGCGUGAGAAUAAGGAUUUCAUUCGGCCUAAGCUGGUCACCAUCAUCAGGAGUGGAGUGAAGCCGCGGAAAGCUGUCAGGAUUCUGCUGAACAAGAAGACGGCUCAUUCCUUUGAGCAAGUCCUCACUGACAUAACCGAUGCCAUCAAGCUGGACUCGGGAGUGGUGAAACGCCUGUACACUUUGGAUGGCAAACAGGUGAUGUGCCUUCAGGACUUUUUUGGUGACGAUGACAUUUUUAUUGCAUGUGGACCGGAGAAGUUCCGUUACCAGGAUGAUUUCUUGCUAGAUGAAAGUGAAUGUCGUGUGGUGAAGUCCACUUCUUACACCAAAAUAGCUUCAUCAUCCCGCAGGAGCACCACCAAGAGCCCAGGACCUUCCCGGCGCAGCAAAUCCCCUGCCUCCACCAGCUCAGUUAAUGGAACCCCUGGUAGUCAGCUCUCUACUCCUCGCUCGGGCAAGUCGCCAAGCCCAUCACCUACCAGUCCAGGAAGCCUGCGGAAGCAGAGGAGCUCUCAGCAUGGUGGCUCUUCUACUUCACUGGCAUCCACCAAAGUCUGCAGCUCAAUGGAUGAGAACGAUGGCCCUGGGGAAGAAGUGUUGGAGGAAGGCUUCCAGAUUCCAGCCACAAUAGCAGAACGAUAUAAAGUCGGAAGGACAAUAGGAGAUGGAAAUUUUGCCGUUGUCAAGGAAUGUGUAGAAAGGUCAACUGCUAGGGAGUAUGCUCUGAAAAUUAUCAAGAAGAGCAAGUGUCGAGGCAAAGAACACAUGAUCCAGAAUGAGGUGUCUAUUUUAAGAAGAGUGAAGCAUCCCAAUAUUGUCCUUCUGAUUGAGGAGAUGGACGUGCCGACUGAGCUUUAUCUUGUCAUGGAAUUAGUAAAGGGCGGAGACCUUUUUGAUGCCAUUACUUCCACUAACAAAUAUACCGAGCGAGAUGCCAGUGGGAUGCUGUACAACCUGGCCAGCGCCAUCAAAUACCUGCAUAGCCUGAACAUCGUGCACCGAGACAUCAAGCCAGAGAACCUGCUGGUAUAUGAGCACCAAGAUGGCAGCAAAUCCCUGAAGCUGGGUGACUUUGGAUUGGCCACCAUUGUAGAUGGCCCCCUAUACACAGUCUGUGGCACCCCAACAUAUGUGGCUCCUGAAAUAAUUGCAGAGACUGGAUAUGGCCUCAAGGUGGACAUCUGGGCAGCUGGUGUAAUCACUUACAUCCUGCUGUGUGGUUUCCCUCCAUUUCGUGGAAGUGGUGAUGACCAGGAGGUGCUUUUUGAUCAGAUCUUGAUGGGGCAAGUGGACUUUCCUUCUCCGUACUGGGAUAAUGUUUCUGAUUCUGCAAAGGAGCUCAUUACCAUGAUGCUGUUGGUCAAUGUGGAUCAGCGAUUUUCAGCUGUGCAGGUCCUUGAGCAUCCCUGGGUUAAUGAUGAUGGCCUCCCAGAAAAUGAACAUCAGCUGUCAGUAGCUGGAAAGAUAAAGAAGCAUUUCAACACAGGCCCCAAGCCGAACAGCACAGCAGCCGGAGUUUCUGUCAUAGCAACCACCGCUCUUGAUAAGGAGAGGCAGGUUUUCCGACGAAGACGCAACCAGGAUGUGAGGAGCCGGUACAAGGCGCAGCCAGCUCCGCCAGAACUCAACUCGGAAUCGGAAGACUACUCCCCGAGCUCCUCCGAGACUGUUCGCUCCCCCAACUCACCCUUUUAAUAAGCCCCUUUUACUCAAAGUCCUAGCUUAACCCUUUGAGACUCUGAGAUUUUUUUCCCCAAAAUUUAUGUGAAACAGUUUCAUCUGAUCUAUCUAGCGCUCAAUGCUUGAAUGGCAGAAGAGAAAGUGUGUUUUUCGGGUCUCUUUGUAGCGAUUUCCCUUUACUGAAUGAGAUGGCACGUGUCGUUUGUGAAGAUGGUAAUUUGCUGCUAAUAGGGUCCUCAAAGGGUUAAAGCUAAUUUGCCAAUUUUUUUAAACAUAGAAGCAAUGAAUGUUUUCAUCAGUCAAGUUAGGAUCUGCAGUAUGUAAUAUAGCACAUGUUAACCCUCUGAGUGCAUAGAGUUUUAUUGAGAAUCCUUGCUGGGGAAUUUUUCAGGCCUUUGGAUGUACACGCACAUGUUUCUUGAUUCUGCUGCAGAUCAAGGGGUGUUCUUAAAAUGCUGAAACGUCCGGACAAGAAGGGGAUCUAGAAUGAUCUCUGGCUUGUCCUUUUCUGUGGGUUUAGAACAUGGCAGGUUUAUAACUUCAGCAUAUGCACCCCUCUUUCCUCUUCAUGAUCCUAUUAGGAAAGGGAUUUUUUUUUCUUCUUUAGAAGUAUAACCAUCUGCUGCAGUGAGGCCUGCAUAGUGGGGAGUGGAGGGAAUUGGGUUUGUGGCAAACAGCCUGACCCAGGAAAUUGUCGGUGCCCUCUCCCCGCAAACUGUCUCCAUACAAAGACGUACUGGUGACGCCUCAGAAAUGCUGCUUCUACAUCAGCUGCUGCUAGUGCCAGCACAGACCCUCCAGGGAUCACCRUGGCUUAUCUUGUGCUUGGUGAGGSAGGGUCUGUCUGCUCAGUAUCAAACAUCUACAGGAAAGAAACAACUGGUGGAAAAGAGCAAUAAAUUGCCAGGUGCUC